GUGUGUGUGAGAGAGAGAGCCCCACAGUGCUCAGGAUCUCUGGAGCGGCUCCUUGCGCAGUCCGCUCAGGGUGACAGCCGCAACAGCCUGUCUCUAGACUCCUCUAAUAAGACCUUAUGGAAGUACCGGCAGGCGGAAAACAUGCACCUUUCCUCUUUUAGGAUCCAGAUCUUCAUUUAUGUGUCUAUAAGGAGGAGGUGAACCUUGCGUCGAGGGAUAUUUUUCGGUCAGGCUGUUUAUCUCUCUGUCUCCCCUCUUCGACUCCUGCACUUCAGUUGCUCAUUUUUAUUUUAUUUUUUUUUAAUAGCCUACUCUACAGAAACGAGGCGCUGCUUUUUCUUCUAAUCUACCUGCUUGUCCAGCACCCAUGAAUUCAGAUAAAAAUGCGUACCUCGGCAAAGACAAAGGCAUCAUGCGGAAGAGAGCUCUGCUCCUUCGGAAGGGUUGCAGCUUCGAGAUAACCAGCUCCGCCUCAGAGGACCUGGGCUGCAGGCGUGGAGACUUCAGCAGGAAACACUAUGGUUCAGUCGAGCUGCUAAUUUCCAGUGAUGCAGAUGGGGCCAUUCACAGGGCGGGACGCUUCAGGGUGGAGAAUGGCUCAUUAGAUGAGGUACCAACAGCAUCCAUCCAUCCAUCCAUCCAUCCAUCCAUCCAUCCAUCCAUCCAUCCAUACCACACCAGAUGGUACUUCAAGUACUUCUUGGGAAAAGUCCACCAGAACUAUGUGGGUACAGAUGCUGAGAAAAACCCUUUCUACCUGUCAGUUGUCCUCUCUGACCAGAACAACCAGCGGGUCCCUCAGUACCGAGCUAUCCUGUGGAGAAAGACGGGAACUUUGAAGAUCAGCCUCCCCUAUAGCCCAACUAAAACACUAUCAGUCAAGUCCAUCCUAAGCGCAAUGAACAUGGACAGGUUUGAGAAAGGCCCCAGGGAGAUCCUCAACCCGGAGAUUCAGAAGGACCUGCUGGUGUUGGAGGAACAAGAGGGUUCUGUCAACUUUAAAUUUGGUGUGCUGUACGCCAAAGAUGGACAGCUCACAGAUGACGAAAUGUUUAGCAAUGAGACGGGGAGCGAGAACUUUGACAAGUUCCUCAACCUGCUCGGUGAUACCAUUACACUGCAAGGAUGGGCAGGCUAUCGCGGAGGGCUCGACACCAAGAAUGACACUACAGGACUUCAAUCCAUCUACACAGUGUAUCAAGGGCAUGAGCUCAUGUUCCACGUCUCCACCAUGUUGCCCUACUCUAAAGAGAACAAACAGCAGGUGGAGAGGAAGAGGCACAUUGGAAACGACAUUGUUACCAUAGUAUUUCAGGAAGGGGACGAGGUGUCAUCGUCCUUCAAACCAUCUAUGAUCCGAUCACACUUCACCCAUAUUUUUGCAUUAGUCAGGUACAACAGCCAGAAUGACAGCUACAGGUUGAAGAUUUUCUCUGAGGAGAGCGUUCCACUGUUUGGACCCCCUCUCCCAUCUCCGCCUGUGUUUACUGAUCACCAUGAAUUCAGGGACUUUUUAUUAGUCAAAUUAAUCAAUGGAGAGAAAGCCACUUUGGAGACACCAACGUUUGCCCAGAAACGUCAGCGGACCCUUGACAUGUUGAUCCGCUCGCUCUACCAAGACCUGAUGCCUGACCUUCACAAGAACAUGUUAAACCGGAGGUCUUUUAGCGACGUGCUCCCUGAGUCUCCGAAGUCGGCGCGUAAGAAAGAGGAGGCCCGGCAGGCUGAAUUCGUCAGAAUAGGCCAGGCUCUGAAGCUGAAGACCAUCGUUCGAGGAGAUGCACCUACAAGCCUUGUUACCACGGGUCUGUGCAGAAAAGAGCCAUGGGAAUCCCAGUCUUUCUGCAGCACGUUUCCCUAUGACAUCGUCUGUGCUGACUCGUGGGGUCAGUCUCUGCUGGUGGCGACUGAUACUGCGGGGGUCAUGAUGCUGGACGGCCCUGAUCCAGUGCUGCCUGGUGCUGAGACACCGACGCUUGCCCCAGUGCAGGUGUUUGACAAAACCAUUGCAGUGAAGCAGAUGCACAUUCUAGAGCCUCAGGACCUUCUGAUCACCAGAGCAGACAAAGGAAAGGACGCCCGGCUGUAUGUGUUUAGACUCGGCGCCAUCAAAAGAGGCCUGGAGGAACGGCAGCUCGUAAGAAGCAAGUGUGACUGCAGAGAGAACAAACUAGAGAAAACUAAAGGUUGUCAUUUGUAUUCAAUUAACACCCACCACGGCUCCGAGCUGAGAAUAGUGGCAGCCAUAAGAACCAAACUUCUCCUAAUUACCAGGAAACAUCCCCGUUUCAGCGCCGUCGCCUCAGGAACAGAGUCUCCAGUGGAGGAAUUUCAGUACAUACGGGAGAUCUGUCUGUGUGAUCCGCCUGUGGUGAUGGCGUUGGUAGACGGUCCGACAGGGGAAAACGACAACAUGAUAUGCGUGGCCUACAAACACCAGUUUGACCUGAUUAAUGAGAGCACCGGGGAUGCCUAUCGACUUCAUCAUGUAGACGCUAACAGGGUAAACUUUGUAGCAGCCAUUGAUGUGUAUGAAGAUGGGGAGGCAGGCCUGCUCUUGUGUUAUAACUAUAUUUGCUAUUAUAAGAAAGUUUGCCCAUUUAAUGGCUCCACACCGAUGAUCCAGUCCAACACCUCUGAUUUCCACUUCAGCUGGAACCAGAUGCCCAAUGCAAUUGUUUGUGCUUUUCCUUACAUCCUCGCCUUCACAACGGAUUCCAUUGAGAUCCGACUGGUGGUCAAUGGGAACCUAGUGUACACAGCGGUUGUCCCGGAGCUGCAGCUGGCUUCCUCAAGGUCGGACAUCUAUUUUGUCUCGUCAGCGCCGGUGAGCUCAGCCUCUAACUGCAGUUCCAGAGACACCAGCUCUCAGAGCUCCCCACAGACGCCCACUGGCUAUGAGAUGCCUGUGUUCCCUUCACCUCUUGGAGAUGGUGAAGCAACAUGUAAGCACAUCUUCAAGAUUCCUCUCUGUAACCUGGUGGGCCGCAGCAUCGAAAGACCCCUGAAGUCCCCUCUGGUCAACAAAGUGAUGACUGCACCCACCCCCGCCAUGAUUGCCCCGGCGCCGCUUAUCUCCGCCACACAUUCACUGUCUCUGUCUCGCAUGGAGAUCAAAGAGAUAGCCAGCCGCACACGGAAGGAGCUGCUUGGCCUGACAGAGGAGCCAAGCGGGAAGUCGGACAGCGGAUCAGUCAAACAGAGGAAAAUGAGCAAAAAGAACACUGAAGAGGAGCCCAAGGCUCGAGCUCUGACGUCAACAAACAGUGACAGGUUAGCCUCAGAGUCGACCGAAGCAGAGCUCGACGCCCAGCUGCACUGCUCCUCUGCUUUGGAGGUUGAUCCUGAGAUGGUGGUGCUGCAGGAAGAGAGUCCGCCCCUCGCCAGCGCGUUCACUCUCUCCACAUCCUUUGAAGAUGAUGUCUUGGACCUAAAGUGAAGACAAUCCUGUUGUGCACUUCUUUGCUCCUGUACUUUUGUGCUGUCACAGUCAUUUUGUUUUUUUAUUUGCUUUGCUUUUAAUUGGUUUGUUGAAAUAAUCCCUUGCCUUUUAAUAGCCCGGGUCUGCACCUAGGAUCUCCAUCAGGUUAUGGUGGGAGUGACAAAACAUGCCUCUGCGCAUGUGGAUCAUGCUGCGUUGGGUGCUUGUAUGGCCCUGCAGCUGAUAACCCAAAAAGGGUAUGAGGUUGUGCGAGAUGCCUGGGUGUGUUUCAACAUCUACAGUAGCUUAGAGAGAGGGAUUUGGGCUGAAACUGCAACCUGGACGUAGAUCUCCAAACAUCCGUGCAUCUGCACGCAGUUCUCUCCGAAGCCACUGUCUAUGUGUUGUAUAUUGUUUGAGAUCCGCUUGCAAAUGUUGUAUGAUAAUGCUCUGUAUCUGUACAUCGGUUUAUACACCAAACUGCAUAUAGUGCCAGGCACAUCUGCCUGAUCUGUUCUAAAUAUUUAUAGAUAUGUUAUAAAACUCAGUUUUGCUCCAGCCUUCAGUGAAAUAAUGUUUUCUGCUCUCUGCACCUAUCCCCACUCACUGCUAAACAGGUUGAAAGGGCAGGAGCCAAAGUCUCCCUAAGUGCCACUGUAGCGUCUGGCAGCAGCAGCCAUGACUUUGGUCCACAUUACAAAAGCUUUUCUCCAACUUCAGUUCAAUCAAGAGACCAACGCUAAACCAGCAUGGCUGACAUCUGGUGCUGAAAAAGUAACAAGUUAACUAAAAUCAUGUCUGCAGUGUAGGUGCUGGAUGAUUAAUUUUAAUUUAAAUACAAUUUUAGAAGGAAGGAAAGAGUUGGAACAUAUUCAAACCAUAAGGAAGGAUUUUUUAUUUUUAGUUUAAGAGAAAACAAGGUUUCACAAAACUAUCCAGACAAAUAAAGCCUAAAUAUAUAUACAUAUAUAUAUAUAUAUAUAAAUGUGAAAUAAAUACUAUAUAUCUCUAUAAAUUCAUAAUGAAUAUAUAAUAUUGUUUUUUUUUUUGUGUCUCCGUUACACUUUGUACUUGUUGAAAACCCACAUCAAAAUCCACACUCAAAGUUUGGACUUUUGGAAAAAUUUUAUAAUAUGAAAAUAAAUACUAUUUCGGGUUUUUUUUUCAUUUGUUAUUAGAGAAAUUUCUACCUGACAUAAAAAAAAUGAAACAACCCAAAUAUGAGACAUCUACAAAUGACAUUCUUCCACAAAACUGGGCUUUCUUUAUUCUCCUCCCACCCGCCAUAUCUGCAUUUUUUUACACAUUUUAUGUUAUGUCAGAAUUUUUAACAAUCCAUAGAUUUUACAAGGAUUUUAGAUAAUAGACCAAAACAAAGCAGAUUGUUAUUAUGGAAUACAAAAAAAAUUAUGCAUGGUAGUCAAAAUUGUCAAUAUACACCUGAAAUAUGUACUGCAAUGUGUUCAGCCGCCAUUCAAGUUUAUUUUAUGGUUAAAUCUUUUUACAGCUGUCACUGUUUCAUACUGGCCCAAUUUCAUCUUAAAGGUUGAUAAUAUUAGAUGAUCUAAGACUUAUGUUGUCAAUUUAUUCCAAUUCUGUGCUAGUUAUAAACAUUGCGGUAAACAUAAAUUUUUAUACUUUUUUUUUUUUUUUUUUUUAAUCAGCUCAAACUCAAUUAGCAGGUCUUGUCACAGAUUCUCAGUUGCGUUUAGGUUUGAACUUUGACCAGGAGAUACUUGCAAAUGAAAAAGCUUUGAGCUUAGCUACCUCAGGUUGCUUCAGCUGUAUCUUUAGAGCUGUUGGACAGGGAACGUCCACCCAGACUUCAUUCAUAUUCCUAUUAACUCGUACCAGCUUACCUGUCCCUGCUGGAGGAAGGCUGUCAGUGUGAAUGGUGUGUUUAGAGUAUUGCUCAGUUAGUUUAACACCUUUCACCUGUUUGCUGUGUCUCCCAUAUGGCUUAGGGGGAAUUUAAAAAGGGAAUUCUCAUUCCUUUCAUGGCAGAAUGGCCUCUUUUAUCAAAGGAACUUCAUAAUUCUUCACUGCCUUGUGUUGGUCUAUCAGUAUAAUCCAAGUAAAAAGUAUUUAAGUCUGUGGUUAUAACAUGACAAAAUGUGGACAAAUUAAAAAAAACUAGAGUUAAGUUUGCAUGGAACUUUAGAUUGUCAAACAAACUACCUGGUAUAAGUCUUACAUCCACUUCCAAAGUACAUUGCAAAAACGAUCUAGAAAUAAGUAAAAAUUUCUUAAAAUAAGUGUAUUUACACCUAUUUUGAGCAGGUCAAUAAAGUGAUUUAGCCAAUGGAAUGAUUAUUAUUAACUCUAAUAUGCGCUUGAAAUAGGACAAUGCAAUUCUUUUUUUCUUAUUUCAAAUGUAAAUUGUCUUGUUCCAUUGGCAAGGUGUCUCACUUACCUCCCAAUUCAAGAAAAAAAAUUCACUUAUUUGAAGAAAAAAAUGUCCUUUUUAGAUUAAAAAAAUUUUUUGCAGUGUACAUGUCAUUUUACAGCAACGUAAGUGCCUGAAAACGAAUGCGAAGUGGCCUCACGGCAGCCAAAGACAUUCUUGAAGAUUAGACUGAGAUUUCAUGCUUUUGGUGUUACGCGGCGGAUGACGAGCGGGCGUCACUGAGUUCAUGUAGACCUCUCACAUCAUUAUUAUGGGAAACUUUCAGACCAAGAAAAUAAAACAGCCAACAAGGCAAACUGAAGCCACAGCAGACCGUAGAUAACACACUGUUAUCUAUGUGGCACUGAUUAUAUAUUAAAUAUUAAAACAUAUUUUAUCUGAACUGCCUUUCUCUAUUCAUAUUCAAGUACUGCACAGCUUAUUCCAAUUCAUGUCAGACAGACUCCAAUAUAUAUUAAACAGUACCAUCUUAACAGAUUUUCUCAUCCAGGUUCACAUAUUUUUUAUCUAUUUUUUUUUUACAAUGAAACUUGUAUGAAGACAGCAUAAUAUUUUGAAUCUCAGUUUAUGGAAAGAUUCUGCUUAAGUUGUAUCUACCUUGCAACUGACCUGACCAUGUGGAAACGUCUUCUCCAAUUAUCUGUCUGGAGAAAUAUAAUGUUCAGAGUCAGUUUGGCCAGAAGGAAGACAAGGUUCUCCACAAUCCUUUUACAUCUAACUGUGAAUGUUGCCUUCAUUAAUAUAUUUACAACUGGGACGGUUUGCAGAGCAGCAGGGUAGAACAAAAAUAGAAAGAGGAGAUAAGAUUUGCACUGGGAAUCCUAAGGUAAGGUGGGUAGGAAGUGUCUCUUUAUACUAUUAAAUAUUUCACAAGAAAACAACAACAGUGGGAUGUUGCAUGAGCCUCUUUCUUCCUCCCCCCUCAAGCUUCUUUCUCUGUUCCUCUGCCUGCCACAGCAUGAAUCCCCCCCAAACACUCCUAUAACUCAAAGGGGGGGAUAACCCUACUACUUCAAAUCUUAUCUCUCUGAAUUAAAGGUGAUCAAGGGAAAAACACUGCUUGACUGACUCACAGGAGUCAUGUUUUAUGUACUUUUGCUCAAGUUACACUUUCUCUUGGCUUUUUCACUUGUUUUCCCCUUUUUUGUAAUAAAAUCUAUAUUUCCUGUUUAGAUUGUCGCUGAACUUAUCUGUGAUAUCAAAAUGAAAGAAAACGUAUAAAAACAAAUACACCAAGUGUCUUAAAAUAUUGUAUCGCCAUCGUUUUUAAAGCCAAGUAAUACUUGUAAAUGUUUGUGCAUCAAAUGUGGCCUCAAAUGAAACAGAACUAUAUUAUUAUUAUUUAAACUGUUAUUUUAAAGAAGUGCUGUAGACCACUGCUGUGAAAGUAGUUGAUUUU